AUGGCCACGAUCGAGGAGCUGGAGGGCCUAUUCGACGACCAUCCUUCUUUAGACGCCUCUCUGCAAGACUUCGAACCCGGAAGCAGCGAGAUAGGCCAAUCGCCCCACUUUGGCUACCCUUCCCAUCACUCUGGCUUCCGCUCAGACACAGAAUCAGAGAACGCAGAUUCGACUUCUGGAGGCAGAUACAGCCCGCCGGCGUGGCGCCGCGACGGAAACGGCAAUCGCAGCAGCGGCUUUUGGAAUAGGCAGAGAACUACCUUGGGGAAGCGCAGUCGGGGAUCGAGGGAUAGCAGUCCAGAGUAUGAGAGCGCGGACGACGGAGAGGAUGCGACUCUUGCUGCGGCGGCGCGGACAAGAUUGCCUACUGGGUCAUUGUCGCCGGACAAGAUGAGGAGCAUGAGCCCAAGUCCUUACCCGGCUGGAGGCCAAGACUUUCGCAAGACAUUUGGAGGUUCAGUUAAGCAGGAAGGCUGUCAAGAUGUCGCUGCUGGAAAGCCCGAUAGCCCUAAUAAUUACAUUCGGUUUGCAAUGCGCGCGGAGGUACAACAUCGUACAGAGCCGUUCGAAGUUGCCCAUUCUUUCCUCAAGACAAGAAUCGAAAACAUGACGAAGUCUUGGUAUUCCUUCUUCACUUCAAUGCUUGUCAUAUUACUUUCGUUCUUGGCUCUGAGGACGCUGUUCCAACCCGGAGUUCCCCCUCCAGUUCCGGACUUAGUCAAGGUCGCAGGACUCGCAAAGGCAUUCGAGCCUCUUAUCUUCUAUUCAGAGAACGGUGUGCAACAGAUUGGCGAUUUGCAGGCAACAGGCGUCGCAGUCUGGGAUCUUGGAGAGAGUGUUCGCUCAACAAACAUGACCUCUGCGCCAAUCAUUGUUAAGGAAUUGGACGAUCUCAGUGAUAGUCUCAAGACAUUGGCUAUUGAGCUGACUAGAUUUUUCGCAAAUGUGGAUGGAGAUGUCGAUGGAAUAUUAAUCGUAAUGGAUUGGGCAAAGCGCGAGCUCUCCCAAUUACAAACUCACACGCCUUCCUCGAUGUCCUCUGCAUAUGACAACUUCCACUUGCUACUGAGCAAGUGUGGGGUCUUCGAGACUUCGUUGGGUACCCCCACCCGACUGGGUACACUUGCGACCUCCGUUUUCGGACCUUCGUCACGUGAGCGAACUCGACACACUCUUCAACGAACCUUCCAAGAAUUCCUCUCUAUCCUCGAGGAGUCAAUCAGCUCCGAGCUCCAGCAUUCCCUCGCACUCUUCUCCCUCUUCGAAUCUAUCGAUAGGCAAUUCCUCAACCUCGCGCGCACCGUCAUUCGCGAAUCGGAUGCGCAAGAGUCGGCUCAAGAUGAUAUGCUCUCGUCACUCUGGACGAAGAUGCUUGGACCUAAUGCCAGCACGUUGCACAAGUUUGAGAAGAACAAAAAAUUAUUAAGCAACAUUCGCGCCAAGACGGUUCAGAAUAAGAGUAUCCUGGAGGAUCACAAUAGAAAGCUACUCACCCUCAAGGCAAACCUAGAAAACCUGAGGAGGAAGUUGGUCAGUCCGCUUGUUAGAGCUAACGGCAGUACAAUUGGAGUGGAGGAGCAGAUUAGAGGCUUGGAUGAAGUGAGUACGCAUCUUGGCGGUGUUCGAGAGAAGCAGAAGUCGAAGUUGAUGGAAAUGUUGUAUGGAGCUGGGAGCAACAGCGGAAGGAGGAUAUACGGUGUUGAUAGGAACGAGAUUGACGGCCGCUGGGAACGAUGA